ACUCCAAAGUUUACGUGUUAAAAUGGCGAGAAACAGGAAAUGAAUUAGGUAGAUAUGUUUCAAGUGGUUGUCGUCGCGGGGACAUUAAAAUGUCACUUGGAGUUUGACUCGCUACAUUUAAAACAAUUUGUGUAACAGUCGUGGAAUUGUUUUUUCCUGUGUGGAUGACAGCCAGGAAGCUGCCUACCAGCGCAGGCUCAAUAUCUGGUCUCUGUCUUCCAAACUUUAUUUGCUGCGGUGAUGUUUGUGUGUUUUUAUUCCUAAUCGUCCGUGAAGGAAUGAGAUACUCCACAAUAUAACAUUACGACGGACCGAACUCCUUCAAGAACCGCAGCUGUUCUUAGACGAAACCAUAACCAUGGAUGACACUAGUCUCAAUGAUUCCAACGUGAAGGUCGCUGUUCGAGUCCGGCCAAUGAACAGGAGAGAGAGGGACCUUAAGACAAAAUGUGUCGUGGAGAUGGACAGAACUCAGACAGUCCUGCAUCCAGCAAUCAGCAAGGAUGGCAGGAAUCAGCCGAAGGUGUUUGCAUAUGAUUACUGCUUCUGGUCUAUGGAUGAGGUAGAGACAGAUAAAUUUGCAGGGCAAGAGGUGGUGUUCCAGUGUCUGGGGGAGAAUCUGUUGGAUAAUGCAUUCCAGGGUUAUAAUGCCUGCAUAUUUGCAUAUGGCCAAACAGGCUCAGGGAAGUCUUACACCAUGAUGGGGUCGGCAGAGCAGCCAGGCUUGGUUCCGCGGCUGUGCAGUGCCCUGUUCGAGCGCUGCGCCCGGGAGCACAGGGAGGGGGAGAGCUUUGCCGUGGAGGUCUCCUACAUGGAGAUCUACAACGAGAAGGUGCGGGAUCUGCUGGAUCCCAAAGGGAGUAGCCAGGCCUUGCGAGUGAGAGAGCACAAGGUACUGGGGCCUUAUGUCGAUGGCCUGUCCCGCAUGGCUGUGACCAGCUACGAGGACAUCGACUCGCUGAUGUCGGAGGGAAACAAGUCGCGUACCGUGGCCGCCACCAACAUGAACGAGGAGAGCAGUCGCUCGCAUGCCGUCUUCAAUGUGGUGCUCACGCACACGCUCCAGGACCUGCAGUCCGGGACUAGUGGGGAGAAGGUGAGUAAGCUGAGCCUGGUGGACCUGGCUGGGAGCGAGAGAGCGGUGAAGACCGGCGCCGCAGGAGACCGCCUGAAAGAGGGCAGCAACAUCAACAAAUCCCUCACUACUCUUGGUUUGGUGAUCUCAGCACUGGCUGAGCAGGGGGCUGGGAAAAGCAAGAGUAAAUUUGUGCCUUACAGAGACUCGGUGCUCACAUGGCUCCUCAAGGACAGCCUGGGAGGUAACAGUCGCACGGCCAUGGUGGCCACAAUCAGCCCAGCUGCUGACAACUACGAUGAGACCCUGUCCACACUGCGUUACGCAGACCGGGCCAAGAACAUUGUGAACCAUGCCGUAGUCAACGAGGACCGCAAUGCCAGGAUCGUCCGCGAGCUGCGGGAGGAAGUGGAGAAGCUCCGCCAGCAGCUUACCCAGGCUGAGUCUAUGAAGGCCCCUGAGCUGAAGGACAGGCUUGAGGAGUCAGAGAAACUGAUCCGUGAGAUGACAGUCACCUGGGAGGAGAAACUCAGGAAAACGGAGGAGACUGCACAGGAGAGGCAGAAACAGCUGGAGAGUUUGGGCAUCUCUCUGCAGUCCUCAGGCAUCCGGAUGGGAGAAGAGAAGUACUUCCUGGUGAACCUCCACGCAGACCCCGCCCUCAAUGAGCUCCUGGUUUAUUACAUAAAGGAUCACACUUUAGUCGGCUCCGCUGAUUCUCAGGAUGUCCAGCUGUGCGGAAUGGCCAUCCAGCCAGAGCACUGUGUCAUUGACAUCAAUGCAGAAUCAGGAGUGAUACUCACCCCGAAGACAAACGCUCAUACAUGUGUGAAUGGCUCCACCAUCUCUGCACCGGUCCAGCUUCACCAUGGCGACCGCAUCCUGUGGGGUAACCACCACUUCUUCAGGAUCAGUCUGCCCAAGUCUCGGCGCCGCGCUCGGCCUAAGGCAGAGGAGGGCGGAGGGAAGUCUGCUCUCAGCGUGGAUGAUGGCCUGGACUGCGCCAGUCUGGACUCCAGCAACACCAGCUUAAACUUCGAGUACGCCCAGGCUGAGGUCAUGAUGAACAGCUUGGGCAGUGACGACCCGAUGCAGUGCAUUCUGCGCUCCCUGGAGCGCCGGCACGAAGAGGAGAAGCGCUCGGCUCUGGAGCACCAGCGGCUGCAGUUCGAGGAGGAGCUGCAGCACCUGCGCGCUCGCCUGGGCCAGCAGCAGCACCAACCCCCGGCCCUGCGCCCCACGCCCAACCCGGGCAGCGAGGAGAGAGAGGCAGUGUUUGCCCGUAACCUGCUGAAGCUUAGGGAGCAGAUCGUCAGGGCAAACCGGCUGGCGCAGGAGGCCAGCUUCAUCGCCGAGGAGCUCACCAAGAAGACGGAGUAUACUGUCACCCUGCAGAUCCCCGCAGCUAACCUGGAUGCCAACCGCAAGAGGGACGCUGUACUGAGCGAGCCGGCGGUGCAGGUCAGGCGGAAGGGAAAAGGCACGCAGGUGUGGGCCCUGGAGAAGAUGGAGAACCGGCUAGUGGACAUGCGUGACCUCUACCAGGAGUGGAAGGACUACGACGACGACAACCAUCUGAUGCGCUCUUAUUUUAAGAGGGCUGACCCAUUCUUUGACGAGCAGGAGAACCACACUUUGAUCGGGGUAGCUAAUGUCUUCCUGGCCUGCCUCUUGCACGAUGUCAAACUGCAGUAUGCAGUACCCAUCAUCAACCAGAAGGGGGAGGCGGCAGGGCGUCUGCAUGUAGAGGUGGAGAGGGUGAGGGGGAAUCUGGGGGUAGAGGGAGAGGGAGAAAUCGCUGACCCCAGCCCUGACGGAGAUGCACACCAACGCAAACUAGUCUGCAGGGUAAAAGUGUCCCAGGCCACUGGUCUCCCCCAGCACCUCUCCAACUUCGUCUUCUGCCAGUACCACUUCUGGGGCCAGAAGGAGCCCGUAUACAUCGCCCCCGAGGUGGACCUGUCCGCCCCCAGCAGCAGAGAGCCCCACUGCCUGGUGGUGUUCGACAGCUCAGUGGAUCUGGAGGUGGCGGUGACGGAGGAGCUGGUGGAGUUCCUGGCUGAGGGAGCGUUGGCGGUGGAGGUGUAUGGGCACAAGCUGCAGCACCCGCGGCGAAACCUGGCACUCUGGGACCUGCGUGUCAUCCAGGCCAAGAACCGCUCCCUCAGAGAGAGGUGGAGUGAGGUGAUGAGGAGGCUGGAGCUCUGGGUGCAGGUGCUGGAACUGAAUGAAAGCGGAGAGUACGUACCAGUGGAGGUGGUGCCCGAGCGUGACGUGCGCACUGGAGGGAGGUUUCUGCUCCGGCAGGGUCAGUCGCGGCGUAUUCAGGUGGAGGUGCGCUCUGUGCAGGAUUCUGGCACCAUGCCCCUCAUGGCGCACCGUGUGCUGGGAGUGUCCGUGGGCAGCGUGGAGGUCCGGCAGGCUCUGCAGGUCAAUCCAAUCCCCCCCACCCCCCCCCAGACUCCACAAGAGCUGGAGCUCACACACCUCCAGCUCUUUCUCACACACGCACACUCAUACUCACCCUGUUGUCUCCUCCUUCCUUCACAGGUGGGGGAUGAGGACCUGGACAGCUAUCAGGAGAGCGAGCUGCAGCGGCUCAGGGCCCGGUGGCAGGCCGCCCUCACCAUGAGGCAGGAGUAUCUGGUCCAGCAGCUUCAGGAGCUUCAGAAAAAGGUUGGCAAGCCAGAUCGGUCAGAGGGUGAUGUGGAGAGGGAGGCUCAGCUGCUGGAGAGCCAGCUGACCCUGACGGAGGAGAAGAACAGCAUGGAGGUGCCCUCUGCUGGCAGUUGCAUCCCUGGCGCCCCUGCCCAGUGGGUCACUGUACCAGGAAUGGAAGCCCACAUUCCAGUCAUCUUCCUGGACCUCAGUGCCAAUGAUUUUCAUGAUGGCUUGUCGGCUCCGCUGGCUGGAGGCCAGGACGCUGUUCUCAACGGAGCAGAUGAGGAGGAGUUCUUAGAGUUGCAGAUUGUAAAGCACCAUGACUCGGAGGUAAAGGCAGAGGCUUCGUGGGACAGUACGGUGCACGAGUGUCCUGAGCUGAGUCGAGGUGGAGGUCCAGAGCAGCGGAUUUACCUCAUCGUGCGGGUGGUGGUGCUCCUCAGCCACCCAGCCUGCAUGCAGCUGGUCCUACGCAAACGCAUCUGCGUCAGCCUCACUACACGCCAGGGGUUUGCCAAGAGCUUGCUGAAGAGAAUCUCCCAGCGCAGCACCAUUCCAGGCUGUGGGGUCACCUUUCAGAUUGUGUCCAACGUCCCAGGGGAUAUGCCAGACCUGGAGGACAGGGAGACGUUGGCUCAGCUGGCCGCCAGCGCUGACAGACUGGCCAACGGCAGUGAGGAGGCCAUAGAGAAGUACCUGCGCAGUGUUCGGGCUGUGGAGGACAUCCUCACUCAGGACCGCCUCAGACAGGAGGUGGUGGUAAAGGAGCAGCUCGCUAGCAGAGGGAAGAGCCACAGGCUCAGUCACGGCUCCACCAGUACCAACAAGCUGUCAGCGAGCAUGCAAGAGUUUUCUUUCAGCCACGAACCCGUGGUUAAUAAAGGGCCUCUGGACAGACAACAGGACAUUUCUCUGGCACAUCCGUCUCUAAAAAGCAUUCCAUCCCAUUCUGAACACCUUCACGGCUCAGAGCCAGGUCUUUCAGGGCUGGCUGCCUCUCUUCUCUCCCCAGUUAAGGCUCUGGUGCCUCCAGUGCCCAAAAUGCUGAAGUCGCUGUUUCCUCAAAGGGAGGACAGGAAAGAGCUCCCCCCUCCUGUCCUGCACCACCAGAAUGUGCCCCACAUUAUAGUCCAGUCUGCAAGUCUUGAAGACCCCACAAGUCCUAAACUGGCUCCUGAUGAAAAUUCAGCUCCACAACAAAUCAAACUAGAGAACCCAGAGAGCGCAAUAUUUGCACCUUCUCCUUUACCUGAGUCAGAGAGCCUGACAGUUUCGGAGGUCAAUGAACCAUUAUCCAGCUGCACAGAGAGCAUACUUGUGACCCAGGCCCGAGUCACAGAGAGUCCAAUAGGGACCCCUGCUGAGUUUGAGGUUCCUGCUCCAUUUGAGGCUGAAAACUCCACUUGCAGCUCAAUUAGUGACACGUCCAGCGGUUACAUCUCCACAAGCGUCUCCACAGCAACUCUGUCAGAUGCGUUGGUCUUAAACACAGCUGGGUUCAGUACAAAGUCCAUGCCACAGGGACCUUUGGGACACUCCAAUAAAAUGAAACUCCAAAAAGAGAGGGAUAAUGCCACAGAGACCAGCAGUCCCUCCCAGCAUAGUACAGAGAAAGUAGACAAACCUGUACUAGCUAACACAACUAACCUGGCAGGCACAGAGGACAAUUGCAAAAGCUUUCUUACUCCAGAGAGCACUAUCUCUCCAAAUAUUGCGCUGACUACUGACACCAGUACUUCUACUCUCACUUCUGCAGGCUCCGAUGAAGCAUUUUCAGAAAUAUCCACUCUAACACCUUCCUCUGUUGCUGAUCAGCCUUCUGGGCCUUCAACUGACAUCAAGGAUGCCAUUACAUUAAGGGAGGCUCCACAGCUGCCCAUAACGGCGCCAGCCAGCCAGCCUGUUUCCCAAGCUCUUCCUACUGAUGUCCAACCCAGGGCCACGUCCUCCUCAGCAUCAACAGAAAAGGGAGAGCAGCCAGUGACUCAGUCCAAUCUGCCAUCCACAUCAAACCCAUUCAAAAUCCAGAAGGUAAAGGCUUCAGGUCUGAAGUCUUUUAAAGGAAUCCUCCAUGAGGUGGAGGAAGAGCAGGGCAAAGAAGGCAUCGAUCCGUUGUCAGGCCUGCGGGAGCCUCUGGAGAGGCUGGAGAUCCUGUCUGACACGGAGGAAGGGUCCGAGGAAGAUCGCCUGCCCGACUGGCUGAAGGAGGAUGAGUACGUGACAGUAGGCGGCAACAAAAAUGGCACGGUGCGCUACGUCGGGCUGACUGACUUUGCCGAGGGCGUCUGGGUCGGUGUAGAGCUUGAUGUCCCAGCAGGCAAAAACGAUGGCUCGGUGGGUGGUCGUCACUAUUUCCACUGUAACCCUGGUUACGGGGUCCUUGUGAGACCAGACCGGGUCACUCGUGCCUCAGGCACCGCCAAGCGCCGGCGACAGAGCCGUAGGCCGUAUCUCUCGGGCUCCAGCCCCAACCUGGCUGCUCUGACCAUUCUGGCUAAAGGGCCAGCAACCUCAGGCACACGCAAAGGGGAGGACAGGAAGUCGUGGAACAGCUGAAAGAAAAUGGCCGCUGUCCUUCCAAGACCAGCAGCUCCUCUCUGUCCUGGGAAAGCUGAUUGGAAUUAAAAAAAAAAAAAAAACCCAACUACACACGUUCUGCUCAAAGUCACUACACUGAGCUGACCUGAGUGUAUUUACUGCAGAGGGGUGUAAUGCUAAAGGUUAAUAGCACAGGGUUACAUAUGAAACACCACCAUUGCGCCUUGUGUUCCAGGUCACAGAUAUUGGUAGAAUACCCUACAACAAAGAACAGUAUUUUUAAUGGCUUUUUAAAACCACGCAGUGCCUUAAAUGUCGUGUGGUAAACGUUUGUAGUGUAAAUAUUGGCAUGUUGGAAAAUCUCAGGGAAAGGUAGAUUACAUGGGCGUUUAUAGUUCAGUUAUAGGGAUCAGAAUGAUUGGAUGCUGUGAUGUUUCUGGACAUCAUGGAGUAUUUUAUACUAGGGGUUAAGGGAUAAGGGUUCAUUUCUUGUGUGCUAAUUUUGAUGGGACUUGUAGUAAAGAGAUUUCAUAGA